CCUUAAGACUUUUCUGGAGAAAAGCUUCCAACAGCUCUUCACCUCCCUCCUUUUCUAAGGCGCGGGAGAACGGUCUCCACCGCCCAGGAGCGGCGGAUUGCAGGGCGAGGGCCGAGAUUUAUACAUUAAGAGUCCUGGGGGCACCAGGCUCCGCCCCUUUUCGGGUUUUUUUUUUUCCUUUUUUUGGUUGCCUGUGGGGAAGGCGGGGUUCUUCUUGUGUGUGUGUUUCUGCCCCAGAUCUUUCCUGGACAGUGAGUCUCAGCAGCACUGAUCCUGAGGCCCCCAGCCGCGGGCGGAGGGCGUGUGGGGUUGAGGCACUCACUCCUCCCUGUCUCUUCCUAAAGAAGCCACUCAGCCUCAGCGGGGCGCUCGGUGACUUCAGCUGACCGGUCGGCCGGGCCGCGGCGAGCGCGCUGGCCAUUGGAGUGCGCGGCUGCGGAGGGAGGGGACCCCGACUCGAGUAAGUUGAGAACGCGGCGCGCUCAGUCGGGGGCAGCAGCAAGAUGCCGAGCGCGCCGUGCAGACCCGGAGCUCCCCGAACGCAGCUUCGUCCAGCCUGAGCCAGGUAGGGAGUGCGCGCGGAGGAGCAUCGCGGCGGGAGGUCUUCAGAGGCAGAAACAAAAUUUUUAAGCCGGAAUGAAGCAAAACGAACACUUUUAAAACAUCUGUCUUUGGGUGCUGAAAACAAGCAUCUCUGGGCUACCAAGGAGACCAACCGGAUCGGAUUGUUCUUGGCGCACUUGUGACUUAACAAAGUUUGGAAAAGGGUUAAGUUCCCAUUGUAGAACCGUCUGGGGUUGGGAGAUAGCGGAAGCUGUGGUGGGUCGGAGGAGAGGCGCUUAUUCUGGGAAAUCCUAUAGACAAAGACCGGGGGAGGUGGGGUAAGGGCUUAAACUUGCACUGUGAGCGAGCGGGGUGUGGAAUUAGAUGAGGGAAACGCGGAGCUACUGGGCGCGAGCUGCCUCUGCAGUCCUGGGAAUUGCUGGAAUUGCUGUCGCCUCGAUGACUCCACUUUUAUCGCAUUUGCUACGUUACCUUGAAACACUUCAACAACUCUCUGGUAGACUUCUGAUCACCAGUGCCACGUUUCAUUCCCCCCACACUUUCUAGUUCUAUGAGAGGAGGCAACGUGUUGGGGAAGAGCAGUGAAUAAAACUGCCCGCGCUAGCUUAGCAAUGCACCGACAGACUUCUGUUUGUGCUGCGGUUUCUGAGGCCCUCUCCAGCCACGGAAAAGCUGCACAAAAAAGCCUGGAUCUCUCUCGCUCAACCACCCCCGCUGCCAGUGAAGGCUCUCUCCGCCUCGCCCUCUAGCGUUCAUCUGGAGAAGUACCGCCCCGGGCUCCUGGGGACAGCGCGCAAUAUGGGGUCCACCAACAUCCCUCUGGUCAAGGCCCUCCGCAGCUCUGUCUCCGACUAUGUCAACUACGACAUCAUCGUCCGGCAUUAUAACUACACGGGAAAGCUGAAUAUCGGCGCGGACAAGGAAAACGGCAUUAAACUGAUCUCAGUGGUGUUCAUUCUCAUCUGCUGCUUUAUCAUCCUAGAGAACAUCUUUGUUUUGCUGACCAUUUGGAAAACCAAGAAGUUCCACCGACCCAUGUACUAUUUUAUUGGCAACCUCGCCCUCUCAGACCUGUUGGCAGGAGUGGCCUACACAGCCAACCUGCUUUUGUCUGGGGCCACCACCUACAAGCUAACCCCCGCCCAGUGGUUUCUGCGGGAAGGGAGUAUGUUUGUGGCCCUGUCUGCCUCCGUGUUCAGCCUCCUAGCCAUUGCCAUUGAGCGCUAUAUCACCAUGCUGAAGAUGAAACUCCACAAUGGGAGCAACAGGUUCCGCUCCUUCCUGCUCAUCAGUGCCUGCUGGGUUAUCUCCCUCAUCCUGGGGGGCCUGCCCAUCAUGGGCUGGAACUGCAUCAGCACGCUGCCCAGCUGCUCCACAGUGCUGCCGCUCUACCACAAGCACUAUAUCCUCUUCUGCACCACGGUCUUCACUCUGCUCCUUCUCUCCAUCGUCAUCCUGUACUGCAGGAUCUACUCCUUGGUCAGGACUCGGAGCCGCCGUCUGACUUUCCGCAAGAACAUUUCGAAGGCCAGCCGCAGCUCUGAGAAGUCGCUGGCACUGCUCAAGACCGUGAUUAUCGUCCUGGGCGUCUUCAUCGCCUGCUGGGCGCCACUCUUCAUCCUGCUUCUGCUGGACGUGGGCUGCAAGGUGAAGACCUGCGACAUCCUCUUCAGAACGGAGUACUUCCUGGUGUUGGCUGUGCUCAACUCUGGCACCAACCCCAUCAUUUACACUUUGUCCAACAAGGAGAUGCGUCGGGCCUUCGUCCGGAUCAUGUCCUGCUGCAAGUGCCCCAGCGGAGACUCCACCGGCAAAUUCACACGACCCAUCAUCGCCGGCAUGGAAUUCAGCCGCAGUAAGUCAGACAACUCCUCCCACCCUCAGAAGGAUGAUGGGGAUAACCCAGAGACCAUUAUGUCUUCUGGAAACGUCAACUCUUCUUCCUAAAAGUGAAAACUGCUGACCCAUGGGGAGCUUGCAUGGUUGCCCACCACCCCAGUGUUUGGAAAAAAACCCAACAACUCUGUGCCUCCGCUGCUGCCAGGCAGGAGCUGUCUCAAGCCAGAGGGAGGGAGGGGGAGCUUAAGAACAGCCUGGUGGUGCCUGGUGUUGGUGGGUAGACUUAGUUCCUGUGAACAAUGCACUGGGAAGGGUGGAGAUCAGGUCCUCGCCUGGAAUCUAUUUCCUCCCCUCGCUGGAGCUUUGAUUUUGCACUGAGCCAAAGGUCUAGCAUUGUCAAGCUCCUGAAGGGUUCAUCUGGCCCCUCCUCAAAGACUAAUGUCCCCGUGUGAAAGCGUCUCUGUCGGGAGCUUUGAGAUGUUUUCUUUCACUUUAGUUUCCAGCCCAAGUGAGUGUGUGUACUUCUGCUUCGCUAGGUAUGCUCUGCAUAUCCUACCCUCCCUUCCCCUUCACAACCCUCCUCAGAAUUCCUUUACUUUAUAUUUUAACUACCUGGCAUUCAGAGUUGGGAGUGUGGCACGGUCCAUUUCUUGAUGAUGUGUAGCAGGUAGGCUGUGUCCAGCAGGUAGACUGUGGUGGAGAUGGUUUGGAAAUGUAAAGCAAUUUCACUUGCUGAAGCCAAAGUUUCCACGUAAGCUGGAUGAGUGUUUUUGAUUUUAGUUGCAGUCACUUUAAAAAAAAGAAACCUUUGCAAUGAAAUGUAUUACAGUAUCUUAUCCAUCAUGGCUGAAAACUGCAUAAGGAAGUCCAAUUUAUUUAAAUGACAUCAGCCAGGAUCCUUAGUGUCAUAGGAGAAACAAACAAGCAAAACAAGGUGAAAACUGACUGGGGGGUGACUUUGUAAACCAAGAAAGAUUUCUUAACGAAUUUGUCUAACAAAUACAGCAUCUGUCUUUGGCACUUUUGUUGAUGUUUCUUUCAGAGUGUUGUGUGAAUCAUUUCAACCAACAGGAUGGCUGUAUUUUGUUGUGUUACAAGUACUUUUUAAUAAUUUUUGAAUGUAUUUGUUUCAACAUUUUAUUGGAUUUUCCUAACCUGUGUUAACACCAUUGAAUGUGUAUUUCUUCAGAAAAUACCAUCCUCUUGUGCCCUUAAAGCAUUACUUUAACUGAUAGGGAACAUAAGAAGUUUUUCAGUACAUUAAAUAGUUAAUUGAAGAUGUGUAUAAAUGUCACAAAGAAUAAAAAUAUAUUGGUGUCUGUUUAGUGUGGUUUCCAGUGCAAUUAAACCGAGAAAUGUCUUUUUUUUUAAAAAAAAAAUAGUAUUUAAUAGGUUUCUGACAAUGUGGAUCAUUUUGCACAUAGCUUUAUCAACUUUUAAACAUUAAUAAACUGAUUUUUUUUAAAGA